UUUUCAAAGGAUCAAAGUUUUCUUUAUUUCCACUGUUUGGUUGAAGUGUUGAAGUGGAAUCACUUUAGCCGCUUCUUCAAAGUUCAAAAUUUCCAAAACCAAAACCUUUCACACACUCUCUCUAUCUCUCUCUUCUUUCCCUUCUCAAUUCCUUCGAUUAGGGAUCGAUGAUUUCCGAACCUGCGAGUUCCCUGAGAAAGAGGGCCGCCCAAGACCGACGCCUCAGCAUCAUCGACGUAUCUUCCGCCGAUGACUCGCUUCUCGAAGGAAACGCUCUCCAUCACCAUUCAGAAAAUCAAGCGAACGGGGAUUUAUUGUGCACCCCGAACUCGAAGAAUUUCGAAGACGCCGCCAUCAAAGUCCAGCAGUGGGAGCACGAGCCUCACUCCAAUGGCGCGUACGGAAGCGAAAAACCUAAGAAAAAUAGCAAAUGCAAUUUGCGCAAGAGUUUGGCCUGGGACAGUGCCUUUUUCACCAGCGCCGGGGUUUUGGAUGCUGAGGAGUUGUCUAGUAUAAUUGAAGGCGUUGAGAAGGAUGAGAAGCAUGAAUUACCUGAUAUACAAGAGGAUGUGUACAAGUCGUGUGAGUCCAUAUCUACUUUAGCGAGUGAUAGUUUGACUUUUGAGAGUGCGGAGGUGGAGGGUGAUUUGUUUGAGGAUUUAAGAGCUUCAAUUCAGAAAUCUAGCCGAAAGUCCAGCCCUGCUGGUGCAAAAACUAAAGUCCCAUCUUCUCCUGCGGUUCCAGGGUUCCAAACUCAUGACUCUUCCAAAAAAGUUGGCAUGGUUUCUCGCAACAAGAUGAAGGCCCCACCUGGUUCUAAGAACCUAAGUUCAGGCACGCAAGGAUUUGGGAAGACAACGAAAAAGAAUAAUCCUAUUUUUCCACAACUUCCACAGAAGCCUGCCGCUACAAGGAGAGAGUCGUCUAUUUUAAGACAAUCAAAGGUACUACCAAAGCCUAGUUUAAGUUCCACAACUUCUUCCAAGAGAGAAUCCCUUGGCAAUCUACAUGUUAAAGCUGAAAGGGACAAGGCAAAACGAAUAAUUGGUGCUAGAGUCAGUUCAGUGACAAAAACAUCUGUUGUUGGAGGUUCUCGAGGCAUUGUGCCUAAGCCCACACUACCAUCCAAAUUAUCUGCGGGACCGACAGUGCCAACCAGGACUAAAUCAGUGGCUUCCACAUCUUCCGAUGUUAGAACGCCUUCAAGAAUAGCUCCAAGAAAUAAAGCUGAACCGGAGAUUUCUAGUCUUUCAAGCAUGAUGUCUGCAACAAAGCUUUCUUCUAGUAUUUCACCUGCUAGUUCUAUCAGUGACUGGUCUUCGUCAGAAUCAUCUUCAACAAUUUCGAUGGCUAAACGUGUAUGUAAUAGUUCAAGGUCCAGCAUCGAUAGUGGCUCAACCAGGAAGGGUUUAUUGGAUGCUGAUGCAGAUCAAGGUACACAUUCUCACAUUCCUCAGAAUGAUCAAAGCUUAGAAAGGCAAGAGGAUCAGCAUCGUGGGUUAACUAGUCAAAAGGAAAGGACAACUCCUGGAGUGGCAGUUCUUCCUCCAGCUCCCAAGAAACCUUCAGGCCUUCGUCUGCCUUCGCCAAAAAUUGGUUUCUUUGAUGGGGUGAAGCCCUUAGUGCGCACGCCACGUGGGGGGACGCAACCACGCUCUGUUGUACCUGGUAACUUGCCAAAACAUGGAGCUCUAAGUCCAAAUGAAGGCCAACACAAAACAGAACUUGGAAAGCUUCAUGAUUCUAAAUCUAUCGUGUCAAUUGAAAAUACAAAAUCCAUUAACCAGCAAGCUCCACAUCCAAAUUCUUUUCUUGAAUCGCCAGAUGUUGCAAUCAAGACAUCUAAUGGUGCGCAGAAUAAAAGCUCUUCCGACCUGGCCUUGGGUGCUGAUGAAAAUACAUCACUCAUCCAUGUAGUGGAGAAAACUAAUCAUGAUUUGCUACCACUUAAAGGUGUCAAUAACCAGGCAAAUGCUCAUCGUGAUGAUCAAAUUGAUAGUUUGAGCAAACAAGUGGGACAUAUGGACAUACAUUUUGAGACACGGGAAAAGUUUAACCAUGAUUCCCUUUCUUUAUUGCAGACUGAUAUCAGCUCCCAAGAUGACUGUAAUGGUCUGGAGUUAUCUAAUCACGUAGAGAUCAUUGAUCGUCCUAAGAAAGAGGAAUUACUGAAGAGUUCUUCUACUCCAUGUCUCCCUGUCUCCCCAACAAAUUUCGAUGUGUCCGCUUUAGAGAGGAGUCCCUUUGUAGUCAAGGAUUCCUUUUGCAAUAUGGAUGGCGUUGUCUUGACAGAAUCAACAGUUUCAGAAACAAAAUCGACGACCAACUUGCCUGUGCCAGAUAGCAUUAAUAUGAAGGAAAACAACUAAACCAGUGACAUUGUGUAAUUUGAACCAUAUAUUUGCAGUUACUUCUCUGUGCUAAAAGUGUGACUAUAGAAGUCUUGGUCUCUAUCCAAAUCAUGAAAUGAAAGUCUUUUAUAAUUUUUGUACACCUUUUACUUUAAUGUGACGGUUAUUCUUGAUUUCUUA